CAGGUUUAGGGUUCGCCAACCUUGUACUUCUUCUUACUGUGUUGAUCUUUGAGGGAGCGUUUUCUGUUUUUACCUAUGAUAAAGGGAAUGCGUUUGAAAUUUAUUUUUAUUUGUCGUUUAACUGCUUGCGUGCAGAAAGACUCCUGAUUCUCAUAAAUUGAACUCACUUUCUCUACCUUCACGGGCUCGCUCAUAAUUUCUAGCAUUUUUUUGUCAUGUUCUGAAAGAUGUUGGAACACAAAGCUACAUACGUGCAAGAAGAAUUUUCUUCUUCCUUUCUUACCCAGAUGCUUUCAAUGUCUGGUUCUCUACUAAUCUCCCUAGUCACAGCGUCUUGUAUAGUGGGAAGUAGUAAGAAGGACCAUGUCCGUGAUGGUGAUCUUAGAGGGAGAGUUUAGAUCUUCAUUUAAUACGAUUUUAGUUAUGGGUGGUUCAAAGAAAUGUUUCUUCAGCUUGGGAAACACCCUUUAAUGACUGUAUGUUUCUUGCUUUAUUGCAAGUCAUUGACUUUCCUUGGGGGCUUUUGCCAACCAAGAUGGCAUAAAGUCUCAUCUUCUGCCUUCCGGUCUCUCAGGGGCUGUGUACCUGACUUGCAUUGCUCUCCCAGGUUUGCAGCCAUUUAUGUGCUGCAGUUUGAGGGUUGUGUUGAGGAUCUUGAGUCUUUCGAGUUUUCAAGUCAAGUUAAUAAUGGAAAUUCUUUUAUUUACUUGUUAGGAUUUCCCCCCUUCAUGUGCCCUUUCGAGCACUUCCUAUCACGGGAUUCUGAGAGGGCUGAAUUCUUUGCCUGGUGUUGGGUCUCGUGAUUCUCCACUUUUGUUUGUAGAGCAGAGAACUAGAGCUGAGGCUUUGUGCUUACAUCAUGUGAGCCCCACUCUCUGGCCUUUUGUUUUCUGUGCUUGUCAUUGUUUGCCUUCUUGCACACAGCCACUGGCUCUUGAUUUCUGUGCCAAAGUUUGGUUUAACCCCUAACUCACCAUCCAGGAGCUUCCUGCUGACUGCAUCCAUCUCUGGUUGGCCGCUUUGGGCUCUCCUUCGCUCAGAGGGACAAAUCCUUGUUCUGGCCACACCUGACUUCAACAUUUUUAGCCUCGAUGCUCUGCUGCUGUUUCACUGCUGUUUUACAGAGACAGUUGUUUGUUUUUGUUCAUGUGUGUAUGUACAUUUGUAUACUGUAUGUUUGUGGGUAUUAACAGAGAGUGUCAGAUUUCCUGAACUGAACUCAGGUCCUCGACAAGCAAAAACACUGCUAAGGAACUCUGAAGUGGAGAUGAGACAGCCUAACAGGAAGAGGAAGCUCAGCAUGGCGUCCACAGAGCACAUGAAUCAGGACGGACGCAUGGGGCAAACUGAAGAAGAAACGAAGCCGGGAGAUGGGGCCACACCUUCAGGCCGAGAAUCUUCUGUGACCACACAGGAAACCUGGUCCUGGGAGCAGUACUUGAGAGAAGGGAAUGCUGUGGCCGCACCCGUAGAACUGUUUUCCAAGGAUCAGUCCUUCCCGGAGCAUGAAAAUGGCUUUCAGGUUGGAAUGAGAUUGGAAGGCAUUGAUGCCCGACGUCCGUCUGUGUUCUGCGUGCUUUCUGUAGCUGAGGUGUGUGGUUACCGGCUGAGACUGCAUUUUGAUGGUUAUUUAAGCUGCUAUGAUUUUUGGACCAAUGCUGGUUCCCCCGACAUUCACCCAGUGGGAUGGUGUCAAAAGACCAAGCAUGAACUACAUAUCCCUCGAGAUUAUAGAAAAGAUAAAUUUGUUUGGAUGGAUUACUUGAAGGCCUGUAGAUUGCAAAAUGCUCCUAAGAAAUUAUUCAGAAACAGAAGUUCUAAUGGUCCAGUGCCAAAGGAGUUUCAGGUUGGGAUGAAGGUGGAGGCAGUGGACAGGAGGAACCCUUGCCUGAUGUGUGUGGCCACUGUGGCAGACAUCGUGGAAGACCGUGUACGGGUGCAUUCUGACAGCUGGGACGAUAGCUUUGAUUACUGGUGCGAUGUUAGCAGUCCUUGUAUCCAGCCAGUUGGUUGGUGUCAGGAGAAUGGAAGAAAUCUGGUCACACCCCCAGGUUAUCCUGGUCCAGAUAAGUUUUCCUGGGCAGACUACCUGCAAGCUACUCAAGCAAAGGCAGUCCCCGCCAAGGCCUUUAACACGAGGGCUCCACACGGGUUUUUGCCAAACCUGAAGUUGGAAGCUGUGGACAAACGGAACCCCCGGCUAAUCCGCGUCGCUACCGUUACAGACGUUGAUGACUACAGAGUAAAGAUUCACUUCGAUGGCUGGGACCACAAGUAUGACUAUUGGAUGGAUGCCGACAGUCAGGACAUCCACCCCAUUGGGUGGUGCGAUGUGACAGGGCAUCCGCUGGAAGUGCCAUAUGGGUCAGAGCAUGUGAAGAUCCUUCCAGGUCAACCUUCAUGCCCUACUCCUGGGUGCCGAGGGAUAGGACACAUCCGAGGUCCGCGUUAUGCAGGACACCACAGUGCUUUUGGAUGCCCAUACUCAGAUGUGAACUUGAAAAGGGAGGCAGCGCUUCAGGAUCGCCUGAGAGAACAAACGCAGGCAAAUCUGGAAUUUGAUCCUUCACAUUCCAAAUCAGAAAACCUCUGUAAUUUGAAUUUCAAUGGAAAAUGUGAAGAAGUGGACAGUGAAUGCAGACUUGUACAGCAGGCAAAGUGUUUGAAAAUCAAAGGAAGAGAAGAUACUGACUUGGAUAAUCUCUUCAGAGAGUACUCAGCUUCGCAGGUGCAGCAGAUGCUUCACCAACCGCUCUCCAUGACAUCCAUGUCUGCCCACCCUUUCCGAGACCUCCCCCUCGGCAGGGAGCAGCACUGCAAACUGCUCCCAGGUGUGGCUGACAUCCAAGCCAGUGAAGUGGCCAGAUGGACAGUGGAUGAGGUGGCUGAGUUCGUACAGUCUCUUCUGGGCUGUGAAGAACAUGCCAAGUGCUUCAAGAAGGAGCAGAUAGAUGGCAAGGCCUUCCUGCUUCUAACCCAGGCAGAUAUUGUCAAAGUGAUGAGAAUCAAACUGGGCCCAGCACUGAAGAUUUACAAUUCUAUCCUGAUGUUUAGGAACUCCCAGGAUGUCACUGAAGACACUGCCUCUGGCCAAGAAGCCAGGAGAUAAAUGUGCUCCUGAACAUCCACUGACAGCAGGACUUGCGCUUUUGGGAACAUGGUUGGCAGUCAUCCAUUCGAAUCUAAUGUCCCCAUGGUCAUACCAAUAUUUAAUCUGGACCCAUUAAAGUAUCUGGUUUCUGCAUAUGGCAGACUUUGAUAAAUGACCAAGUGCCAGUGAGUUGGAUGCUUAGUUAGGUCCAAGUGUGGGUUUGGGUGGCAUCCUUAUGCUUGGCGUGCUGCAGCAAACAGACCGAGGAAGCCACUGUGUGCAUCUCUACCCUCCCUUCUAAAAGAAAACACUUCCCAUUCUGCAAGUGUGUCUCACGUGGUAAAAUGCCAGGAAACCGAUUCAUUAAUGCAUCAUUAAUACAUGCACCAGAACUACAUCUGAACACAGCUUGCAUCUGUCAUCUGGGAGCCUUGAGUGGAAGAGAUAGGAUCCUGGCGCUCACACGAAGACUAACGAGGUUUCUGGGUCCUUAAAACUCAGGAAAGUGAAUCUUGUUAAAAGUGCUAAUAUAAGCACAUUGUUUCCGUGAUCCAUGAAUUGGCAUUUUUAUUCCUUACCAUUCCUUGGUUGUGGUUCCAAAGUGCCCUGGAGCACACUUCAAGGAGUGUGCCUAGAGGUAACAGGAGUGGUUGGAGGCCAUUCCAGGAACCUGCUGGGACACUCCUGAGCAUUUGCAGUCAGGGAUAUCUCUCCCAGACACUUGGCAUUGGUCAAAGAUCCACCUGCAUGAAAUUCCUCCAGCUCCCACCCUGGUGAAACUUCAGAUGGACUCUCCCCUCAUCUGUUGAUGAUUAAAAAAACAAUCAGGUCUGAUUUCACCUCUCCAGAGGUAUGGCAGCAGGACAAGAAAACCUCCACAGAGGAGCUCAGAAUCUGUUGACUGUGGCAUUCGAGUUGUGGGAAGACCACUUCCUAGUUGCGAAUAAUUAGAACCCCAAGUCUACAACUCUUUGUCCUUUUUCGUGUGGUAGCAAUGGCAGCUAUCUUCCUGGAAACAAAGGUCCACUGGCUCAUCCAUCAGGUGUGGGGAUCAAAAUGGAAGCCACAAGAAAAAUGCAGACCUGACAAUAUCUUUCUGCUACAUUGAGAAUGUUCUCAACUUAACAAAGUUGAUUCUGCUUAGAGAAUGUCUCUAACUUUAGGUCACUGAAAAAGAAAAAUAUCUUGAAGAGAAAUCUUUAAGUGCUUUAAAGGUAAAUUUGAUAUGGAAUAAAGAAUCACAGCUUCUACUGUCUGUGGUGUUUUGUUUGUUGGAGUAUUUUGGUAGACUUUUAUAUGGAAUAAAGAAUUGCUGCUUCUACUGUUAAAGUUGUAACAUAUUUUAAAUGUUAAUAAAACGUGAAAGUAGA